AUGGCCUUAUCGGAAAUCCGCGAAAAUUUUCAGGCAUAGAAGCAGCCACACCCACACAAGCUCAACUUCAAAGUUAUCCCUCUCCUUCUUCCUCCUCCCUCCUUCACUUAUCUCUUCUCUCUCUCUCUAUCCAAAUUGCUCAUUGAUUAGCUUCUGAUAUCGGAUUAUAAUUCGUCGAUUUCUUUUUGAACUUCGAAGUUGUCUUGGUCGAUAUCCGUUGGAAUGAGAUAAAGCUUCUGAUGUUAUUGUGAAUUUUUGUUAUUUCCUUGUUCUGUGUUGAUUGAAAGAUGACGUCGAUGCUGGUUCUGGUCGGGACAGUGCCGUCGUUGGUUUCUCUGGUUAGUCCAGGAGGUGCUGGUGCUAGUGUUUCCGGAACUAGUUCGUCGUAUGGAUCGUACGCAUUAGUAAAGAGGGUUUCUUUGUCAAGGAGAAGCGUCAAAGGAGGAAGUAAGAGAUGGUUGUGUAGAUAUUCCGUUUCGUCUUCAGCUACUACUAGUACUACUGACUUCAUCGCUGAGGCAAACAGCAACAGCAACUCAGUUUCUUCUAUAGAUUCUAACUCUUUUAAAGCAAGUAAAGAAGGGGAUGAUAGUAGCGAGAUCGUGCUCAAGCAGGCUCCUAAACCUGUGUUGAAACCCCCUGUGGCAAGAGUGGAAAAGGGUGGUUCCGGGGCGAGUUCUUCUGCUCCUUGGAGUAAGGAGUUGUCAAACGGGGCUAAGUUUGAUGGAGAAGAUGAGAGGAAUAAGGUUAUUGAAUCUCUUGGCGAAGUGUUGGAUAAAGCCGAGAGUUUAGAGAUUCCAAAACCGAGUAACAAAGAAGGUGAACCGUCACAGCCUCGUGCCAACACUAGUGACUCCAAAAACGGUACCUUUGCGAGUGGUGGAGAGACAAGGAAGACGAAAACUAUGAAGAGCGUGUGGCGUAAGGGAGAUGCUGUUGCAGCUGUGGAGAAAGUUGUUAAGCAAGAACCUAAAAUUGAAAGUAGGGGACCACCUCAGCCACCUUUAAGACCUCAACCACCUUUAAGACCCCAGCCACAGCUUCAAGGGAGGCCUAUGGUAGCUCCACCACCUGUAAAGAAACCCAUUUUAAAAGAUCUUGGUAUGUCAUCAAAACCGUCAGGUCCCAUCUUGAAAGACGUUGGUAUGGCAACAAAGCCUCCAGUUUCCGAAGAGGUUGUUGAUUCCAGCAACAAAAGUAAAGAGAGGAAGCCUAUAUUGGUUGAUAAGUUUGCUUCCAAGAAAAAAAGUGCUGACCCUGCAGCCUCUCAGGCUGUGUUAGCUCCUACUAAGCCUGGAAAAGGUCCUCCUUCUAGCAAGUUCAGAGUUGAGCACCGUAAUAAAAGAAACGCAUCAGCUAAUCCAAGGCGAAGAAUGGCUGCUCAAGACGACGCGGACGAAGAUGCGUCGGAGUUAAACGUCUCCAUUCCUGGAUCAGGUAGGAAAGGGAGGAAGUGGAGUAAAGCUAGUAGGAAGGCUGCGAGACUCCAGGCUGCGAGGGAUGCAGCGCCUGUUAAAGCUGAGAUCUUAGAGGUUGAGGAAGAAGGCAUGUCUAUAGAGGACUUGGCUUACAACUUAGCCAUCGGUGAAGGUGACAUCCUUGGUUAUCUGUAUUCGAAAGGGAUUAGACCUGAUGGUGUGCAGACUUUGGAUAGAGAGAUGGUGAGGAUGAUUUGUAGAGAUUACGAUGUUGAGGUCCUUGAUGCUGAUUCAGUUCAAGUUGAAGAAAUGGCAAAGAAGAAGGAGAUUUUUGAUGAAGAAGAUUUGGACAAGUUGGAGGAUAGGCCUCCUGUCAUAACGAUUAUGGGUCAUGUCGACCACGGAAAGACUACUCUUCUGGACUAUAUCAGAAAAAGCAAGGUUGCAGCUUCAGAAGCAGGGGGAAUUACACAAGGAAUUGGUGCAUAUAAGGUUUCAGUUCCUGUUGAUGGGAAGGUUCAGUCAUGCGUUUUCCUUGAUACUCCUGGGCACGAGGCAUUUGGUGCAAUGAGAGCUCGAGGAGCACGGGUCACUGACAUUGCAAUCGUUGUGGUUGCUGCUGAUGAUGGAAUCCGUCCUCAAACAAAUGAAGCAAUAGCUCACGCAAAGGCUGCUGGUGUCCCUAUAGUCAUAGCUAUUAAUAAGAUAGAUAAAGACGGAGCUAGUCCAGAGAGAGUGAUGCAAGAGCUUUCUUCAAUUGGUUUGAUGCCUGAAGAUUGGGGUGGUGAUGUUCCAAUGGUUCAGAUCAGUGCGUUGAAAGGGGAGAAUAUCGAUGAUUUGUUGGAAACUGUCAUGCUCGUUGCUGAGCUGCAAGAGUUAAAAGCAAAUCCACACAGAAAUGCCAAGGGAAUUGUUAUUGAGGCUGGACUUGAUAAAGCGAAAGGACCAUUUGCAACAUUCAUUGUUCAGAAGGGAACUUUGAAAAGAGGGGAUGUUGUUGUUUGUGGAGAAGCUUUCGGAAAGGUACGAGCUUUAUUUGAUCACAGUGGGGAACGAGUUGAUGAAGCUGGACCCUCCAUACCUGUACAGGUGAUUGGUUUAAACAAUGUACCCAUUGCUGGUGAUGAAUUUGAGAUAGUCUCUUCCCUUGAUGUGGCGCGUGAGAUGGCAGAGGCACGUGCAGUAUCACUACGAGAUGAAAGAAUAUCUGCAAAGGCUGGGGAUGGAAAAGUCACGCUUUCAUCCUUAGCUUCUGCUGUAUCAGCCAAAAAAAUGUCAGGCUUAGAUUUGCAUCAGCUUAAUAUCAUCUUGAAGGUCGAUGUACAGGGAUCCAUUGAAGCUGUAAGACAAGCUCUGCAAGUGCUUCCUCAAGAGAAUGUGACAUUGAAGUUUCUGCUACAAGCGACAGGGGACGUGAGCAACAGUGAUGUUGAUCUAGCGUCAGCGAGUGAAGCCAUCAUUUUUGGAUUUAAUGUCAAAGCAUCUGGCUCCGUUAAAAAAGCUGCAGAAAACAAAGGUGUUGAAAUCCGACUGUACAGAGUUAUCUAUGAGCUUAUUGACGAUGUACGAAACGCUAUGGAAGGACUUCUUGAAUCUGUUGAGGAACAAAUCCCAAUAGGGUCAGCUGAAGUUAGAGCUACUUUCAGCAGUGGAAGCGGCCGUGUGGCUGGAUGCAUGGUGAAUGAAGGCAAAUUUGUCAAAGACUGUGGCAUCAAGGUUAUCCGGAAGGGUAAAACUGUCCAUGUCGGUGUCCUUGAUUCUCUAAAACGUGUCAAAGAAAAUGUGAAAGAGGUGGGUGCUGGAUUAGAAUGCGGUAUUGGUAUGGAUGACUAUGAUGAUUGGAUUGAAGGAGACACCAUCGAGGCCUUCAACGCUGUUCAAAAGAGGAGAACGCUAGAAGAAGCAUCUGCUUCAAUGUCUGCUGCAAUUGAAGAGGCUGGAGUUUGAGCUGUUAUUUUAGUCAUCAAAGAAAGCUCAAGCAAACAUGGUGCAGCUUCGAGUCACACAACAGUUUGGUUGGUACAUUGUUUGCAUGGUCUCAUGUUUGUAUAUGGCAAAUGUUUCUACAUUCAGUCGAUUAAUGUAGGGCCAAAAAAAAACAAAAGCAAAAUGUGACAAUGUUUUGUUGAAAAAGAAAAUCAAAAAGGUAAUUACUUAUUUAAAUAUUUGUAUAAAAUCCUUCCUUUUAAUUCAAGUUUUGUGUUCUAUA